GGAUGCAUCUUCUUCCUCGUCGUCACUGUAAAAAAGCUUUUAAACAUUUUUUAAAACAUUUUGGAUUGAUUCCCAAAAUCGAACAAAACCCUAACUCCUUUGAUCCAAUCUUCCCGCCAUGUCUUCGCGGCGUCGGCAAUCUACACAGAGGAAGAAAGCUCCGGAGAGCUCCGUAACUCCGAUUCGCCUCCCUCCCUUUCUAAAACCCGGCGCCGCCGUCGAGAUCAGCUCCGACGAGGCCGGUUUCCGCGGAUCGUGGUACGUGGGAGAGGUCGUCGCCGUCCCAUCCUCAGACUCGACCACCAAAUGCGAGGUGGAGUACACGACGCUGUUCUUCGACAAAGAAGGGAGGAAGCGGCUCAAGGAGGUCGUCGACGCGGCUCAGCUCCGUCCUGCGGUGCCGGCGAUGUCCGAGAGGGAGAAGGAGAGGGAUGUCGCGGUUGGGGAAGACGUGGACGCGUUUUACAGUGAUGGUUGGUGGGAAGGGACGGUGACGGAGGUUUUGGGUGAUGGGAGGUUCAGUGUUUACUUCAGGGCUUCAAAGGAGCAGAUUCGGUUUCGGAGAGAUGAGUUAAGGUUUCAUCGGGAGUGGGUUAACGGCGCGUGGAAGCCGCCGAUUGAGGAAAGGGAAGAAGAGGAGGAAGAAGAAGAAGAGGAAGAGGAUCUUUUAUCCCGAGUGGAUCCGGAAACUGCAAGAGAAAUCGCGAAACAAAUGUUCUCCAUUGGCACAAUUGUUGAGGUUAGCAGCGAUGAGGAAGGGUUCAAGGGGUCUUGGUUUUCAGCUAAAGUCAUUGAACACGUUGACGAAGAAGACAAGUACCUUGUUGAGUACCGAGACUUGAGAGAAGAAAACGGCAUCGAGCCUUUGAAAGAAGAAGCCGACUUUCUGCACAUAAGGCCACCGCCACCGGCUGAUGAGGAUAUAGAUUUUGCCGUCAGGGACAAGAUUGAUGCGUUUUACAAUGACGCUUGGUGGGUAGGUGAUGUCAUAGAGAGCAUGAAGGAAGGAAUCGUUGGUGUCUGCUUCAGGUACACAGGAGAAAAGAUGCGGUUUGGAAGACAGGGCCUUCGUCUGCAUAGAGACUGGAUUAAUGGGACUUGGCAGCUACCACUGAAACGAGGAGAGAUGAAGAGGGCAACAAAGAAAGUUCCGUGUGAUCGGAACGUGAGACCUAAGAAAGCAAUCGACAAGGAACAUUUCAGCGGUGGAGAUCCAGUCGAGGUGAGCAGUGUUGAAGAAGGAUUUGAAGAUUCUUGGUUCCUCGCAAAGGUUAUUGAAUACAGAGGAACGGACAAAUGGCUAGUGGAAUACGAGAAGUUGAAAGCGGAAGAUGGGAAAGAGCCAUUGAGAGAAGAGGUUAAUGUUUUUCAGAUAAGGCCUCGGCCACAAGAGACGGUCAUGGUUAAUCCGUUGGAGAAGCUUGACGAAGUUGAUGCAUUGUAUAAUGAUGGAUGGUGGUUCGGGGUGGUUAAAAAGGUUCUUGCAAAGUCGAACUACUUAGUUCAUUUCCCGAAAACAGACGAGGUGCUCAAGUUUCAUGUUUCUCGGCUAAGGCCACAUCAGGAAUGGAUUGAUGGCAAGUGGAUAGCAUCUUCAAAGACUUAAACGGUGUAAUUGAGCUGGAGAACAUGUCAGGAUUCUGGGGAUCUCAAGUUUUGUUAAUGUGGAGGAGAUUAGCCUUGAUGUUCCCUUUCUAUUGUAUACAGUUGCGUUUUAUGAUGAUUGACCAAAAGAUAAAAUGAGUUGAUAUUUUAUUAACUUUCCCAUGA